CCAUCGUCAUCGGCGGGGGUGGGUCCACGGCCACGCACGCAGGGCUGCGGUGGUGCCCAUGGCUUCGUGGCUGCUGCUCCCCCUCCCCUCCUUCCCAUGGCUUCCUCCCCCGCCACCGCCCGGCUCCUCCUCCGGCGGCCGCGGCGGCGGGGGCGGGGGCGGAGACGGCGGCGACUGGAGGCCGAACGUCGUCGCGGCCUUCGCCGGCGCGCAGGUCGGCAGUGCCCUCCGCCGCCGCUUCGCCGGCCUCCUCUGCUCACCGGAGGUGCGACAUCUUGAAGCCUUGCCGAAAAUGGAUGACGGUUGCUUUGGAGGAUUUGCGACACACUCAAUCCUUGGCUUGCUGGGCAAUAUGUUCCCUGCGUCAUAUGUUUGCAGCUUCGCUCUAUCCAGUGGGAACGGGUCAUUUGGGAGUGGGACAUACAUCGGCAAAGGGAAGGUGCUGUCCAGACGACCUCGCAGAAUUGAUUCGAAGAAGAGGUUUUGGACUAAUGUUCUUCUUGCUAUUAAUGUCCUGACUUAUAUCGCUCAGGUAGCAUCACAAGGAAAGCUGCUUAUGUGGGGAGCAAAGAUCAACAGUCUGAUUGAUAGAGGACAAUUUUGGCGUUUGGCAACAUCAUCUCUCCUUCACGCAAAUGUCACUCACCUCGCUUUUAAUUGUUUCUCUUUGAACUCAAUUGGGCCCAUGGUUGAAAUGCUAACCGGCCCUAGAAGAUUUAUUGCUGUUUAUUUCAGUUCGGCACUGGCAGGUUCACUGAUGAGUUAUCGCUGUUGUGAGUCACCUGCUGUUGGUGCGUCAGGUGCCAUUUUUGGAUUGGUUGGCGCCUAUGCAGUUUAUAUGUGGAGGCACAGAAGUUAUUUUGGGAAUGCAAGGGAAAGUUUGGAGCAUAUCGGGCGUGUGGUUGUCUUGAAUAUGGGUAUGGGCCUCCUUUCAAGGGGAAUUGAUAACUGGGGUCAUCUGGGAGGCUUGCUUGGAGGAGUUGCUGUGGCAUGGUUACUUGGUCCAGCAUGGCAAUAUCAGUAUGUGGCAAAGGAUGGUAGAGUGGUUUUCAAAGACCGGGCUCCAGUCCUCCGCCUAAUAAAGGGGUAGACUUCUUUUAUUUUGUACUUACAAAUGUAGUCGUGGAGAAAGAUAUGGAAGAGAAAAGGUAUAAGAGAAAGGGCGAAGAUUCUAACAAUGCACCGAGCAGAGGGACUGAUGGAGUGGUGGAAAAAACGUGGAGUUUUAACUAGUUUGGAUGUUGAAACUUUCGUUGCAGAGCUAAUUCCUAAGGAAACAUACACAAGGAUUAUGGUUAGUCAAUUGUAUUAACAUUUUAUCAGGUGUUACCACCAGCACCUGACGAACACACAUUGUGUAAAUGAAUUCAUGUUUGAUAUUUGUUCUCUGUAAGUUCCUGCCUAUAAUAA